GCGGUGGGGCUGCGUUUGGUGAAAGCAAACGGAAGCGUUGAGGUGUGGGAGAGGAAGAAGAAGGGCCGAAGGACUCGGGCGAAGCAGCCAUUAGGAAAGUGCUGAUGCAGAGGUUCACUUGUGUCUACGGGCAGAGUUGGAGGAGUUGCUGUUCGCGGACAAAGGCGGUAGGAGGGAGUGGAGCUUUGUAGAAGCCUGAGCCUGUCUCGCUGGGUGUCUGCGUUUCAUUCCCUGUCAAGCUGCCGGGGAAAAGCAGGGGAGCGCCGAGCUGCAGCGCUGCUCAGGAUCAGAUAGCGAGGAAACCAAUAGCAGAGGGGGAAAAGAAAGAAUUACAAAAAAAAAAAAAAAAAGAAAGAAAUCAACAAACCACCAACCCGGCGAGGCGCCCACCCUGCGCGCUGGGGCUGAGGCAGGCGCGUCCCUGCAACUCCACAGCGGAGAAGUCGUCCCUCCCCGGGCAGGAGCGGAGUUGAGCCCGAAGGAUAUUUGAUGACACUUUGGCAGCGAUGGGCCCCCCGGCAUCUUCCAGAGCCCAUCUGAGGGUGAAGGCUCUGAGAGCGCAGAGGGAGUUUGAAGCUAAAUGCACCUGAGUCUGGAUCUGUUGGCUGCUGGGAUUUAUCUCUUUCAUUAUUUUUCUCCGGGGGGAAACCAACCCGACAAAAAAAAAAAAAAAACCAAAAAAAAAACCCGUGAUAUAUUUUUGCAAACUCCCUCUAUUUUUUUUUUUUAAUUUCCUUUUUUUUUUUUUCCUCCUCCUUUUGGAAGAAGAAGAUUUUUAUUUAUUUAUUUCUUUGGAUGGUCGCAAUGGAAGGGUUGGGUCUGUGCCUGAGAAGCAGCAGCCGAACGCCAGUGCUGGGAGGACGCGGCGCGGACGUGGGGUCCCCGGCCAGCUAACUCUGCAGGACCCGCACCCCGGGGCCGGGGGGGGGCUGGAUGCAGUGAGAGGAUCACAGAUUGCAAAUAAUGACAGCCUGAAGCACAGGCUAUUUCACAGCCUGCUGGCACUUUGGGAUGGGAUCGCUGCGUCUUCAGGGAUGGUGACACCAUGAACCAAGCCUUCAUCGGCACGGCCAAUUAAUUUAAGACUCCCCUUUCUCUUCGUUAUCUCCUUAACGAAGCAGAGCUGAGGCUUUGCCACGCACCAUGCACACUACCCAGGGGUCGGGCUCUGUGCUGCACAGUGCUGGGCCGGAUCCUGCUCACUGCUGCCAUGAUGGAACCCAUUGUCUGUGGUGCACAACGCAAGGGAGCAUGGAGUGCCCAUAGCUGGACCCACUCUGCCCAGGGGAAAAACAUAGGUGGAAAACUUCCUGGAGGAGCAAUUUGCUGUGGAAAUAGCACUGAGCUGGGCCAACUCGGUGGCUUUCAGGGCAGCAACCGGGAGCGCACCACGGUGAUCUCCCCUACUCGCUUCUACUCGGUCCUGCAGCAAAACACAAAAUGAUUCAUGAGGAGAGGUUGAACCGCCGAUCCUUUAUCCUCCGCACUGGAAUGGGACCUGAUUUGGGAAUUUCUGGUGGUAGCUAUGCAUCGUUUUCCACCAAUUCCUCCCUUGGGAGCCCUGAGGAGCACGCUGGUCUUUGACCCCACAAAAGACAGGGGGGUGUCCGGGCACUGGGAGCACAGCGGUGUGUUUGCCUGGCUGCAGGACUGAGCAACCUUUCCCCCAAAUUGGAAGCAUGCUUUUUUUUUUUUUUUCUGUCGUUGUUUUUGUUUUAAAAUAAAGUAAAAGCAACAGCCGAAGUCAGUAGGUGCUCUGCCAUCUGUGCCUGCAGCACAGCACAGUGGGGGGAGCAGGCAGCCCUCGGAGCAGCGAGGUGGAUGGCUCAGAUGGGUGCCACGAGCCUUCCUCCUCCUUCCUCCUCCUCGGGGAAGAAUGUCCUGCUUCUCCUGGGGUCCCUCUCUCUUUGGAAGCUUUGAUCUCCUUUCCAAUGGCAGCUCUCCAGUCCCAGCAGCGUGGCUUGGAUAUUUUCCUCCCCUCUGAUCUUGAUGUGAAGGAGGGUUGGGAAUCUGUCCCGCAGACCUACCCGGAGUGAAUGGACAGACAGAUGGAUGGGGACAGUGCGUUGCCAGUUCGUUUUCCUCCACGGGAUUUCAGAAAGUGAUGGGCUGAUGGGUUUUGUGCCUCAGGGGGGCAAUUUCCCUGGCAGCAUCCAAGUUGUGUCACCUCUCCGCUUGGCUCUGUGACGACAGUGUUGAUUUGAAUUCUUCCAACUUAAGGCUGAUUUAAAUGAUGGUGAAGCUGGGGGGGUGGCACGUGGGAGUAGAGCACUGAGCGCUAUUCUUUUUCGGUUGUCAUAUGCCUCCAUAAAGACUUCUGCCUUGGGGAUUUGCAUAGAUCCGUGGUCCAGAUUGCGCUGCAAAGCCCACCAGUGGUCGGCAGAGCUAUGGCAACGGCUCCUGAGUCGUGCAAAAAGUUGAAGGGUGUUUGUGAGUCUCGUGCCGCGGCCAUUUCUCUCACCUGGGGGGGCAACAAGAGCCCGCUUCCCACUUGUGACCCAUAGCACUCCCCGCUCUGCAGCCCCUAAAGGAAGCAUGGUGUCCGAAAGCACUUUCUCUCUCUUUGCCUUCGUGAAAUAUCAGUGUUUGGGUGAUGACCUCAUGGAGAGGAGGCUGCAGAGCUGCCCUCCUACCAGCAAAACCGCGGGAGGCAGAAGGGGGAGAGCUUGCAAAUGUCCCAGCCACAAGCAAAGCUUAAUUUGGCAGUUGUAAUCGCUGAGGACACACACAUCUGUAGGAAAGCAGGCUCCCUUCCUCGCAGCGCUCCCAGAAGGGCUUGUUUGUUUAAUUUUAUCUCGCAGAGAAAAUUAUAGAAGGAAAAAAAAAGCCAACAAAAAAAAAAAACCCAGAACUUCACAACCAACCACUCUGUGGUUUUGCUCAGCUGCAGCGCCGAAUGCCCCAGUGGAGCCUAGAGAGCAGCAGGGAGUGCAGCCCUCACCCAGUGCAGGUAUUUGUGUUGAGAAUUGGGCACCUGGUGUGGCAGCAGCGUGGGAUGUCCUCAGUUCUGGGUGUCCUCAGUGCUGGGUGUCCCUGCUCCUGCUGGCACAUGCUGCCCUCCCACAUGGUACUGGGUGAGAAGAGCUGCCCAUGGCCAUCCCCAAAGCUGCUGAAGUCUGGGCAUCAUGCUCAUCACUCUGCUUAGAAAGCACUGUGGACAGCAAGCAGCUGUCCUAUGCCACCCCACCGUGAGCCAGAACCCCAUGUGCGGAGCACUGCGUCCAUUAAAAAAGGUCAUCAUCACCCUGCGGCAGCUUUUGGGAGGAUGGGGUUCACCAAGGAGCCCAGCACAGCAGCUCAUCCUGAUGGGUACCAGCGGUGAGCUUAGUGGUGGAGCAGGAGUGGGCCGUGUCUCAUCUGGGGGUGAAACACUGGGGCUUUUUGGAUGGUUGGUGCUUUGCAGGGCAAAACCCCAUCACAGGCAUGGCUGGGCAGUGCUGGUGUAGCUGGGUGAUGUGGGAAUGCUUGCGCUCUGGUUUCAACUCAUUUUCUUUGCUGUCAUUAGCUGUCAUUAGCUUGAAUUUCCAAGGGAGCCUGUGCUUGGCAUCAAAUGAUGACAUCCUUUAAUUUAGCAAAUGCAAAAAUGGGACCUUUUCCAACCAGAGCAAUUAGAAAAGUCCUGCUCCUCUCCCAUCCGCGGUGCAGGAUGCUGGCCAGGCAUCGCCCCAGUCCCCUUCACGCAGCAGAGACCGCCCACAGUCAUCACACCAGUGUGCCCCCCAUUCUCACCAUCCCCACUCACUCUUCCAGCCAGCAAACUGCACCGGAAAGGGCUGGGUGUAGGGCGGGACCUCACAUGGGGGCAAAGGGGCUGUGCCCCCCUCUGCCAGCCCCCGGCAUCGCUGCAAUCCCAUCCCAGCACGGAUGCCCCUUUGCCCUGCCAAGGCCCUUCUCCACCUCCGGGUUUGCGUCUAACGGCGCGUGUCCCCCCUAAGCUGCUUAAUGAGGGUUAAGAGGCUAACAGGCUUAUUACCAGCAAUUAUUUCCAUAGCCCUGCAGGUGUCCCUGAAAACAGCAGGGCCUGUGGCUGGGAGCAUCCCGCAGGCAUCGCCGCCAGCCUGUCGCGGUGCUGAGCUUUUUUGUCCUUUUUUUUGUUUUCCCCACCAAAAUCCAGGCUGUAUCUUUGGUUGGAGGGCAGAACCGGAGGGGUGCAGCCCUAUAGAAAGCUCCCCCACCCCUGUCCCUUUUGCUGUGCUUGGAGAGCAGCUCUGCAGCAUCCCUGUGCCGGCAGUCGCCUGGAGACGGCCGCGGUGGGGUUGCCACAGCGACGGAGCUGCGCUCAGCAUCCUCCCGGCUCCGCUGCUGGGCCCAAGUUGGGUGAGGAACGGGUACCCAGGGAAGGGUACCUUGCCAGCAGCAGGGCUGGGGAAACUGAGGCAUGGCCGGUGGUGGUGGUGGAGGUGAAGGAGGAGGUUUUGGAAGAUGUCAUUGGCUGUGAAGGGGCAGAAAAUAGUAGUGAUGGGGCUGGUAUGGGUGCAUGGAUUUGCUGGGGGGGGAGGAUCAGCGUUCAGCGGAGCAGUGCUGGUGCAGCAUCUCAGCACAAAGGUCACCCAACUCCCAGCCAAAGUCUGGGCUCCCCACCCCGUUGUCCCCAACUGGCCGCAAUGCCACAAAUGGCCCACUGGAGUUGGGGACCAGCAAGGUCACAGUGGUGGCAAAGGUUGAUGUGCCCCCUCCAGCUCUGGGGAUGUGCUGAAGUGAAGGAAAGGAGGGUGAAGCCCUUCGGGGUGGUGGUCCUGCUGCCCUCUCCAGCACUGCCACAGAGGUCCCCCCACCCCAGGGAGUCUAUAAUUAUAAAUGACAACAGUGGAGGGCAAGGGGAGGUUAUGUAACUUUGGCAUUUGGAAAAUUCUUUCUGCUCCCUUAUCGGCUUUAUAAAUACCUCCAGCUCGGCCCCGCCAGGCUGGGGGAAGGCAGUGGCAUGGCCUCGUCCCUGUGCCAUGCCCAUCCAGCCACUGUGCCUCAGUUUCCCUCUCCCUGUGGACAGGCACAUCCCUGCUGCCAUGCUAGCAGAGGGCUCCUUGCUGCCGGUGUGAAUGCUGGGGGAUCGAUGCUUUUCAACCCCAGCAGCAAAGGAAGGCGGAUUUUCUUCCACCCCUGGGAAAAGCAUGAAGAUGUUCUUUGGGUAAUGCCCAUCACUGAGCUGUGGGCUCAAAGAACCAUUCUCCUGCUGCCGCCACCGACAUCUCCCAGUUCUGCAUCCUUCAGGCUGCUCCUUCAUCUCCCCACCCCUGGGCCGUGCAUGUGUUUGCAGAAUGCCGGGGGUGACCAUCCCUGUCCUCCUCCCCCAGACCCCCUGGCACAGCCCACCCUGGGGGUGCUCAGCCCCAAGCAUCGCCGCUGCCCCGUGGAGGUCGGGAGCCCUCUGCUCGUGGGUGUUUUGCAUUUACGCCAAUGCAAAGUUACCUCCCCGCGGGGUGAUGGAGGGCAGCCAGGGCCACAUCAAUAUGCUGUUGUGUAACUGUGCGUGGCUGCUCACCGGGGGCAUGUCCCUGCAUCCCACCUGCCACGAUGCCACCAGGCCGGCUGCUGCCCCAGCUGCAGGGCACCCACUGCGUGACACCUCCAAAAGAUGGGCACAGCCAGGACCUUGGGGGUUAGGUAGGCUGUUUUGAUGUGUCGUUGCUUUUGACCCUAAAAUCUUCCCAUUUUGAUUUCACUUGCUGGGGGAGCGAUGCCCUGCACCUCGCAGAGCCGUGUGUGCAUGCACAGCAGGGCACAGUCUCACCAACAUCAGACUUUGCCUUUGUUUACUGUAGGGAUGGUGUUUUUGUAGGGCUGUCUGAAAAAAAAAAUAGUACUCUGGCUUUCUGCUUUCGUGCUUAUGUGAUCGUGCAGUGUGAGCGCCACCCGAAUGGUGACCUGGGCUUGCGUGCUCCCAGCAUGGCAGAUGCUGACAUUGGGCAGAGCUUUGACAUCCUGCUGCCGGGGCCACCGGACUGGUACCCAUGGGCAGGGAAUGAGGGGGAUUAAUGCAGCUGCUGAUCCCUGAUGGCUCAGGGGCCGGGGAGCAGUGAGCCUCCCCAGUGUUAUGCAACUCUUGCACUAAAUCUUCCUUGCAUCAGAUAAAGAUGCUCUGUUGUGCCCCAAAUACCGUGCCUUGCAUGGGUAUUGGGGUAUGUGUUCCUUCCUGCAUUCUGGGGGUGCUCAGCAAUGGGAAGGGCAGAAAGGUGGCACUGCUCAGUAUUGCGUCCUGCCCAGGUCCCUGGGAAGGAGAGCUCCUCUGGUGGGAACAGCACCAUAAGGGGAACCCUCUGAGGAUGCGAAGGAGGCUGAGCAGGGGGAAAGAUGGGAGCAGCCAAGAUGUGCAAAGGCCUCUUUCAUCUUGAAGAUAUCAGGCAACAUCCUGUGUGUUUAUCAGCCCCAGCGGAAGAGGAGGGUGGUUUUCCUUCCUCCCCUGAGAAAGGCUUGGAGAUGUUUUUUGGGGCAUGGCAGUCAUUAAAUCACAGAUUCAAAGAACCGCUGUCCCGCCUUUGGCCACCGAUUGCCUUUCCCCAGUCUGGGGUCCGAUUCCCCAGCCUUGAAUUUGUUGCAUCCUUUACGCUGCUCCUUCCCCUCCUGCAAACCUCCGCAAUCCCUUUCAAGCUGCUCCUCUCCCGCUCCCCUGAGACUCGCUGCAUCCUGGGCACGUUCCCACCGAAAUAUCUCAGGCUUUCUACCACCGAAGUCUCCCACAUCGCUUCUCUCCCUCCCGCUAACAAUCGCCCCGAAGGUGAGCGUCCCCUUCGCUGCCGCCGGCUCCCCACGGCCGCGGCCGAGGUGCCAGAUCCUGGACAUAUAGGGAAGAGCAGCAGCUGUAAUCUGAGCUCGCAGCAAUUAGCUGGGAGCGCGGCGAAGUCCCCGCCGGCCGCCGCGUCGGGCUCAGCAUCUGCGUCGUCCUCGGCCGCUCGUGCUGUCACCGUGGGCAGGGCUACGGGGCACCCUGCAGCCAUGGCUGGGGAGCGCUGGGGAGACCCCCCUGGGCUCAAGCCAGAGCCUCUCACGGGACACUUGUGGUGACGUGGCUGCCAAGACGUGGAAGCGUGGGACUUCUCUUCCACUGCACCAGAAUUUGGGGGGUGGGCAGGGGUGGGCCAGGGGGACACCAGGAGUCACAAGACCCUUCCCCUUCACUGUGGGCUUGGCUCAGGGAUGACUGCAGGCAGGGUCAACCCUUACAGCAUAGUGUCCUCCGAGGAAGACGGACUGAGGUUGACCACCAUGCCAGGGAUUAACGGCUUUGGCAAUGGGAAAAUCCACACCAGGAGGAAAUGCAGGAACAGGUUUGUAAAGAAGAACGGUCAGUGCAAUGUGGAGUUCACCAACAUGGAUGACAAGCCACAGAGGUACAUUGCAGACAUGUUCACCACGUGCGUUGACAUCCGUUGGAGGUAUAUGCUCUUGCUCUUCUCCCUGGCAUUUCUGGUAUCCUGGUUAUUGUUUGGGCUGAUUUUCUGGCUAAUUGCACUCAUUCAUGGAGAUCUAGAAAACCCAGGUGGAGAUGAUACCUUCAAGCCUUGCGUUCUGCAGGUCAAUGGCUUUGUGGCUGCUUUUCUGUUCUCCAUCGAGACCCAAACGACUAUUGGUUAUGGCUUCCGCUGUGUGACAGAGGAGUGCCCGCUCGCAGUCUUCAUGGUGGUGGUUCAGUCCAUCGUGGGGUGUAUAAUCGACUCUUUCAUGAUUGGUGCAAUAAUGGCAAAGAUGGCCAGGCCCAAAAAAAGGGCCCAGACAUUGCUUUUCAGCCAUAAUGCAGUAGUGGCAAUGAGAGAUGGAAAACUCUGCCUGAUGUGGAGAGUUGGGAAUCUCCGGAAAAGCCACAUAGUAGAAGCCCACGUACGAGCUCAAUUAAUUAAGCCCAGAAUCACAGAAGAAGGGGAGUACAUCCCACUCGACCAAAUAGACAUCGACGUGGGGUUUGACAAAGGCUUGGACCGAAUCUUCUUGGUGUCCCCCAUUACCAUUCUCCAUGAGAUCAACGAAGACAGCCCGCUGUUCGGGAUCAGCCGCCAGGACUUGGAGACGGAUGACUUUGAGAUUGUGGUCAUCCUCGAAGGCAUGGUAGAAGCCACCGCGAUGACGACACAAGCUCGGAGCUCCUACCUGGCCAGCGAGAUCCUGUGGGGCCACCGCUUCGAGCCCGUCUUGUUCGAGGAGAAAAACCAGUACAAAGUAGACUAUUCCCACUUCCACAAAACAUACGAGGUCCCGUCCACACCCCGCUGCAGCGCCAAGGACUUGGUGGAGAACAAAUUCCUGCUGCCCAGCACCAACUCCUUCUGCUACGAGAAUGAGCUGGCCUUCAUGAGCCGCGAUGAGGAUGAGGAGGAUGAUGACAGCAGGGGUUUGGACGACCUGAGCCCAGACAACAGGCACGAGUUCGACCGGCUUCAGGCAACGAUAGCAUUGGAUCAGAGGUCAUACCGGAGGGAGUCAGAAAUAUGACUCUUGAUCCUCUCAUUGACUUUUCCGAGGGUAUUUUUUUUCCUCCUCUAAUCUCUUCCCCUACAACCCGCUCAAAUUAUGCAGAACAAUGCAAGUGCCAUAGGAAUGCUUGAGAAAUUAGUCUUGUUCCUAGUUUUCAGUUUCAUCGCAAUAACCACUGAGCGGUCUGCAGGAGGGGACGGGGCAGGCACAGCGCUCCCCACACCCUGGGGGGACGGGGGGGUCCUGGGGCACGUGUGUCCCAUACUGGCUGCAGGGCUGGGCUCUCCCCAUGGGGAAAGCGCGAGCGUCUUCUUGGAGCCGAGAUCCAAAUAGAGGAAAUAUCAGGAAACAAACCUUUUUCUUUCUUUUUUUCCUUUUCUUUUUUUUUUUUUUUUUUUUGUUCUUUUAUACAACUGAG